AUGGAUCUCUCCGUCUGGUUUGCAUUUUGGGCCCUCUGCCUUGCUUCGUACGGUCUCAAGCGCUGGCACAAAGAGCACCUCUUUGCAACCAUUGACCCGACAAUGCUCUCGAUCACAGUUAUGGUUUACGGUCCCCUUCUGACGUGGACGAGUGCGCACCUUCCGCCGUUCACGCGGUUCUAUCAGUGGACGCUCACGUUUGGUAUCCCCCGCGACGCCAUUGACGAAGCUAUCGAAGCGACGUUGGCUUGCAUCGUGUAUGUCGGAACCAUUGCGAGCCUCCCGCUUCUCUACGGCUUUGCGUCGCCAGUGCUUCAUCGAGCCGCACCACUACGUUUCGGUGCCGUCCACGCACCGCGCGACUAUGCGAGUUUUCGCUACAACCAUGUCAAGAACCGAAUUCUCUUGAGCUUCCUUCAACGGCGCCAGCCGCAAGAUAAAGCCAUUGGCGGGACAGUGCACGCAGUCAUGGACAAGCACCCGCGCCUUCGACGUUCGCCGAACAUCAGCUCGCGUGCGACCGAUUGCUUUGUGACGUGCUACUGCGACGGUCAACCCCAAGAGCAGUUGCGCGUGAGCUUGCUCUGCGACCUCGACCUGCGAGACAACGAUGUCGACGCUGUGAUUGUACACGGUGCUGUGCUAUCUGAAUUCGUUAUCAAUGUACUGCGCGAGGCACCGCUUAGCGUUCAGCCGGUGAUCGGCCCUGGACCCGCCGUACCGACGAGCAACCCAUAUGUGCUGCACCGGGCAAGGACGCCAUCGAGCUGGUGUCUCUAAGUUGCACCACAACUUUGUCGGAGAGGUCUUAAGAGUAUCAACAAGAGUGUCGGUCG